UAUGAGCAGCUGCAAUAAUGAUAACGGCUAUGUAAUGAACAGAAGGAAGCAUCAUAAUCUUACGAGAGGGGGAGGAGAGGAUGGACCUGCAGAGGUGAAAGUAGAUGAUUUUUGUUAGGCUUCUUCUCCUACAGCUACACCUAAACACUUUCACUCUGUUCUAACGUCGAACCUUUCAAAGUAAAAAGGAACUCUUUCUCUCACGAACAGCUUAGAAAUUUCACCCGGUAUCCUACAUGCAUACACAAAGCUGUAGCUGUGGUAAAAUAUAACGAACACCGGGAGCUUGGUUCGCUUCGUUGCAUGGGGGACUCACUGCAUAUCCAAAAGGCAGAGCCUGUCCCCUGACCAACAGACUAAUUCAUUUGAAUUAGUUCAUGGAUUUAAUCAUCGCCGAUGUCACGAGAUACGUAACGGAUACGGGGAUUAAUAUUACAGGCACCCAGAGUUUACACCGCGCCCGGUGUACUGACAUUCUCCGCAACGACUCGGUAUAUGAAACCGGUGCCUCGGUAACGAGACCGACCGAGAACAUCAGUUAUUUCAGUAAGGCUAUCAUGCCAUUUCGAUAUACCAUGGCUCCGGGAUUUGAAUAGGUAGGUUAUCGUAACGAUACCCACUGGGAGUCAUUAGAACAAAAAGCGCUCCUUUAAUUUUCUACGCCUGCUUCGCGGCAGCAGGUUGGGGUAAUAGCCACCACCACCAGGAUUGCACAAGUCUCCAAUUCACAUGGGCGAAGGCAGGGCUCGGUUCUGCUUUGGUUGGACCCGGGCUCGCUGUCAAGAACAAGACAAAGGUGUGUCGGACCCUGGGAGGGAACCGGAAACGCGAGAGAGAUGGGCCGAACUGUUCGACCAACUGGACCUCAAUAAAGACGGUAAAGUCGACAUCAACGAGCUGAGGAUAGGACUCGCUGCACGCGGUUUACUUCGCAGUGACGCGGAGGAGAUAGUGCGUGAGAGUGACACCAACCAUGAUGGCUUGCUGGACUUUGAGGAGUUCUCUCAGUACCUGUGGGCCCACGAGAAGGAAUUGCGGCUCAUGUUCCACACACUGGACCGCAACCAUGACGGGCGCAUUGAUGUCGGGGAGAUUCAACAAUCGCUGCACAACCUGGGACUGGAGGUGUCCACAGAACACGCCAUCAAAAUACUACAGAGUAUGGACAGGGACGGCACCAUGACUAUCAACUGGAAUGAGUGGCGAGAUCACUUCCUGUUUAACCCUCUUCACAACAUGGAGGGCAUCGCCCACUACUGGAAACAUUCUCUGAUGUUUGACAUCGGAGAGCACAUGACAGUGCCUCCAGAGUUUUCCCAACAAGAGCGCCAGUCGGGGGUAGUGUGGAGGCAGCUGGUUGCCGGGGCGAUGGCAGGGGCGGUGUCACGUACAGGAACCGCCCCCCUCGACCGUCUCAAGGUCUUCCUACAGGUGCAUGGCUCCAGCUCUAGGGGGAUCAACCUGUGGACGGGGCUGAGGGGGAUGGUCCAGGAGGGGGGUGUACGAGCCCUCUGGAGGGGCAACGGCAUCAACGUCCUCAAAAUAGCCCCAGAGUCUGCCAUCAAGUUCAUGGCCUAUGAACAGAUCAAGUGGCUGAUCCGGGGCAGAAAUGAAGCGGGUACUCUGCGGGUGCAGGAGAGGUUCAUCGCUGGCUCGCUGGCUGGAGCCACCGCACAGACAAUCAUCUACCCUAUGGAGGUGCUGAAGACUCGUCUGACCCUGAGGAAGACUGGCCAGUACUCUGGCAUUGUAGACUGUGCCCAUCAGAUCCUGAGGAAGGAGGGGGUGCGAGCCUUCUACAGGGGCUACGUGCCCAACACACUUGGCAUCAUACCGUAUGCUGGCAUAGACCUGGCCGUCUACGAGACUCUGAAGAAUGCCUGGCUCCAGCGGUACAGUAAGGGCUCUGCCGACCCGGGGGUGUUGGUACUGCUGGGCUGUGGUACUGUGUCUAGUACCUGUGGACAACUGGCCUCCUACCCCCUGGCUCUCAUUAGAACACGUAUGCAGGCCCAGGCCUCCACUGAGGGCGGGCCCAAGCUGUCCAUGGUCGGUCAGUUCAAGCACAUCAUAUCACAUGACGGGGUACCUGGGCUCUACCGCGGCAUCGCCCCCAACUUCCUGAAGGUCAUUCCUGCUGUCAGCAUCUCGUACGUGGUAUACGAACACAUGAAGAAGGCUCUGGGUGUGAAAUCGUAGAGCGAGGAAGUGAGAGGCAGAAGAAAGAGAGGGAUAUAGAGUGCAGCUCUUGUAUUUCAAGAUGGAGAGGAAGACAGCAGAGGAUUGAGGGAUAGAAGGCAGAUAGUCCACCCUUUUCAUACACAUUCAGGAAGCUUCCCGUUUACACCUAGCUAGACAGAUAUACUCACUGUUUGAAUCUCUCAGCCCCUCUGACGCUGUACCGUCAUUAAGAAAGAGGGAAGAGUCUGCUAUCAGGCUGAGCUGAAGUCUGUAAGAAACGGCUGUGUCCGAGACAGAUUAGAAGGAGGAGGUGUGAGGGGAAGGAAGGAGAGCGAGAGAGAGGGUGGAAGAGAGAGCGAGAGAGAGAGGGUGGAAGAGAGAGAGAGAGAGAGUGUGUGAGUGUGUCUCGGCAGAAUCGGGGCCAUUCUUCCUCUUUGUUUAUGAGCUGUAACCCCCAUUAUAGUCACAUCUCCACAAUAAGUCUGUGUGUUGCCCUCCAACCAAACACUGUGAAGCACACAUACAGUUUGUAUACCUAUAUGUAGGCACUUAUCUAAGGUCAGUUUCAUGUUUUGUGAAUAUAAAGUGAUCUUCCUCCAAUGACCUUGACAUGUACUGUAUAUUUGCUCUUUACUACACAGCAGAAUAUGUGGGUUUGUUCCAGUGUGCUGUUGCUAGAACACGACCAAUCCAAAGUACUAACCCCACUCUUUAUUUCAAUAUCUCAAAAGAGAUUAGAAUUGGAUUACAUGCACUGUUUGUCUUCAGUUUCUAUUCUCAAAAACGUACAUUCUAAUGGGGGAGUUUCUAAAGUUCUUAAACGAGGAAACUUUGACGUUUACAUGAUGUACUGUAUAUAUACAGUAUGUAUUUUGUAAGGGAAAGAUUCUGAACACAUUUGUAAGAGAUACUUAUACAGGGUCUUAUACAGAGCUGUUCCUCCGACCUAGUCCAUGAAUGACUUUGCACUUUUUAGAAAGGGAAUGUUUCUCCCCUUUUUCAAGUGGCUCUCAGUCAGGUCCAAAAUUAUUGGCACCCUUGAUAAAGAUGAGCAAAACAUACUAAAUAAUGCACAUUUUGACCUAUAUUGUCUGCUCCAAAAAAUGUGAACAUUAUAUAAUUUUAUACUAAGACAAUUACUCAGAGAAAGAGAUUUUGUCUAAAGCUAGAAUCCUUAAAUAACAAAGCGGUCAACCAAACACUUUUUUGGUAAAACGCUGGGGGAAGGGCCUGUAGAAAUGUAACCACUCUCAAAUUCAUAGACAGAGCUACGGAUGUCAGGACUGACCAUCAAUGAGAUGAAAGUGAUAGUUUUAACCAUGUUUUGAGGCUCUACAUUUACAUUGUUUACAAACAUUGGAGUAAAACAAGCUUAUAUUUUGGGUUCUGAUGGGGAACGACAGUUGAACUAAACUCAUGAGGCAUUCAUAAAUUAGAUUCUUCAAUAAUCAAUGGGUAUAUAUCAUUAAUUUAUAAGUCCAAAAAUGGAUGUAGCAACUAAGGAUUCUUGCUUUAACAAGUAAAAAGAACAUUUAAAAAAGGGGUCACAUUUACUGCCACCCCUGUUUUCAUUACCUUUCAGGCACUGAGCCUUGUUCUCAAAUGUUUUAUGAGAUUGGAGAACACAUUGGGAGGGAUCUUAGACCAUUCCUCCAUACCACUGGUUUUCAAUGGGGUUCAUGUCUGGAGACUGAGAUGGACAUUGCAA